AUUUUGUUCAAGUAUAACUGUACAAUUUAGUGUUAUUUAAGAACCAAAUAACUCUCCUUUCUUGAUCAUAAAAACUGCACUAGUGUGUAUAAGUUUCAUAGUGAAAGAGAAACAUCAUGGCUAGUAUCAAACAAAUUGGAAACAAGAAAGCAUGUGUGAUUGGUGGCACUGGUUUUGUUGCAUCUAUUUUGAUCAAGCAGUUACUUGAAAAGGGUUAUGCUGUUAAUACUACUGUUAGAGACCCAGAUAGUCCUAAGAAAAUAUCUCACCUAGUGACACUGCAAAGUUUGGGAGAACUGAAUCUAUUUAGAGCAGACUUAACAGUUGAAGAAGAUUUUGAUGCUCCUAUAGCAGGAUGUGAACUUGUCUUUCAACUUGCUACACCUGUGAAUUUUGCUUCUCAAGAUCCUGAGAAUGACAUGAUAAAGCCAGCAAUCAAAGGUGUGUUGAAUGUGUUGAAAGCAUGUGCAAGAGCAAAACAAGUCAAAAGAGUUAUCUUAACAUCUUCAGCAGCCGCGGUGACUAUAAAUGAACUCAAAGGGACAGGUCAUGUUAUGGAUGAAACCAACUGGUCUGAUGUUGAAUUUCUGAACACUGCAAAGCCACCAACAUGGGGUUAUCCUGCCUCAAAAAUGCUAGCUGAAAAGGCUGCAUGGAAAUUCGCUGAAGAAAAUGACAUUGAUCUAAUCACUGUGAUACCUACUUUAACAAUUGGUCCUUCUCUCACGCCAGAUAUCCCAUCUAGUGUUGGCAUGGCAAUGUCUCUAAUAACAGGCAAUGAUUUCCUCAUAAAUGCUCUGAAAGGAAUGCAGUUUCUGUCGGGUUCGUUAUCCAUCACUCAUGUUGAGGAUACUUGCCGAGCUCAUAUAUUUCUGGCAGAGAAAGAAUCAGCUUCUGGUAGAUACAUUUGCUGUGCUCACAAUACUAGUGUUCCGGAGCUUGCAAAGUUUCUCAACAAACGAUACCCUCAGUAUAAAGUUCCAACUGAAUUUGAUGAUUGCCCCAGCAAGGCAAAGUUGAUAAUCUCUUCUGAAAAGCUUAUCAAAGAAGGGUUCAGUUUCAAGCAUGGAAUUGCUGAAACUUUUGACCAGACUGUGGAGUAUUUUAAGACGAAGGGGGCGCUGAAGAAUUAGAUUUCAAUAUUUCCACUACACUAGCAAACUCUAAGCUUGUUACGUAUUUAUGAAGUUUAGAGUGAAUAAGGUUCAUCUCUGUGAAUCCCCUAGUGUAUUUGCCACUUCAUUAAGAAGAGAGCACAAUAAUUUUGCUGUUAA